GCUUUGGAGUCUCCAUUGAGGAGCAUUGAGAAUUGGAUCCAUUAGUUGAAAGAAUUGUCCUGACCCAGUUUUACUGCAACAAGGGAACUGCCACUGGGCUGGGAGAACAUUAUGGUUGUACUGAAGAUCUGGUCCCUGCUUGCUGCCCUCGCCCUGGUACUGUGCCAGAUGCCCAGCUCCCACGCAGUGCCCGUCAGACCUGGGCUGGAGGCAGCGGCAGAGAGAGUUGCAGUCAGUGACUAUGAAGCUCGCCGGUUACUCAGCGCUUUGGUGAAAGAGUUCGUACAGAUGACGGCAGAAGAAAUGGAACAAGCGAAUGAAGGGAACAGCAGCAGUAGCAGUAGCAGUGUGACGGCACAGAAGCGAGCGUGUAACACGGCCACCUGCGUAACGCACCGCCUGGCAGACUUUCUCAGCAGGUCAGGGGGAAUGGGCAAGAACAACUUCGUGCCAACCAACGUGGGCUCCAAGGCAUUUGGCAGAAGGCGGAGGAGCCUUUACUUCUAAAUGGAGGGAUUACAUCAGGAAUAUGAUCGCCAUGCCAACGGGACUUCCGAGUCGCCCUUCUUCCAGAAACCACAUGACGAGAGCCAAACCAACAAACCGCCCCGCAUUCAGCUAGAACCCCAUGAUCCGAUUUCCUUUCCGUUUGCGUUCGGCGCCACUAGAGCACUUCCGUUACUCGCCCACCAAACCGACCAAUCAUUAUAUUCUUAUAUAUUUUUUUUUAUAUUUUCAAAUAAAAUGUCAUGGCAUAUAGUGACGAUUUCUUUGCCGGCAGAUAUAUAUAAAUACGUGCAACGUGACGGACGCGGUGUGUCAUGCGCAGUCUGCGAAUCUCGGGGAUUAUACACUAUAGCUGCCCGUGUUGUCGUGCCUUGAUGUAUAACAUGACUGAUUGUACAGUAUAUUUAAGAAGAAAAAGAGAAAAAAAAAAACAAAAAAAAAAAAUUAUAAGAGAGAAAAAUUCUUCGACAUUGUAUCAAUUGUGAAUUUCAGCAAGAUUAAAAAAAA